CCGCGGAGCCCGCGGCCAGGGCGGCGCAGACCGGCCCAGCGACUCGCCCGGGCUGCGCGCCGGGACGCGCUGCCGCCGCGGACGCCCUUCCACCCCCGCCCCCGGGCCUCGCGGAGAGAAGGUCUCCACCCCUGGGCAGGAGAGGCUCUGUCCGCAUUUGAGGCUCAUCUCGUGCCUUCUGUCCUUGGACGGAACAUCUCCAGCGGCUGCCACAGGGCCAGGAGCCCAGCCUCCGAGAGAGAAAAGCCAUGGACCCCCCACAGCCUCAGCCUUUGGGGGCCGCACCUUAGGAGAGCAGCAGGGCAGCCUCCGUCCACCCCGUUCCACCAGGAAGGAGAGAGCUGAGACGCAGACCCUGAGCGCAGCUCUUUGCCCUCCCCAGGCCCCAGGUGGGCAUGGACCAGCAGCUGUGAACAGCCAGAGCUGAUGCCAGGUCCCCAGGGGGCCGGAGGAGCCCCCACCAUGAGCCUGGGCAAGCUCUCGCCCGUGGGCUGGGUGUCCAGCUCACAGGGGAAGAGGCGGCUCACGGCAGACAUGAUCAGCCCCCCACUCGGGGACUUCCGCCACACCAUGCACGUGGGCCGCGGUGGGGACGUCUUCGGCGACACCUCCUUCCUCAGCAACCACGGGGGCAGCUCCAGGGGCCACCACCGCUCACCCCGCAGCUUUCUGGCCAAGAAGCUGCAACAGGUGCGCAGGGUGGGGGCGCCCCCCCGGCGGAUGGCGUCCCCGCCCGCACCCUCGCCCGCGCCACCUGCCGUCUCGCCCAUCAUCAAGAACGCCAUCUCCCUGCCCCAGCUCAACCAGGCCGCCUAUGACAGCCUCGUGGUGGGCAAUCGCAGCUUCGACCACAGCCCUGCCGCCUCCACGGACGGCCACUCCAGUUAUGGCCUGGACUCCGGGUUCUGCACCAUCUCCCGCCUGCCUCGCCAGGAAAAGCCUCGUGAGCGAGACCGCGAGAGCUCCUUCCCCCCUGAGCCUGAGCUCCGCCGCUCGGACUCCCUCCUUUCCUUUCGCCUGGACCUCGACCUUGGGCCCUCUCUCCUCAGCGAGCUGCUGGGGGUCAUGAGCCUCUCGGAAGCCUCUGCAGCUGAGGCCCCAGCCCCAGCCGCAAACCCCUCAGCCACUGCUACAAGCCCCCCAGCCCCUGUUGCAAACCCCCCACCCCCUGUUGCGAGCCCCCCAAUCCCUGCCGCAAGACCCCCAGCCCCUGCCUCCAGCCCCCCACCCCGUGGACACUGCCCCAAUGGGGUAACCGCUGGGUUGGGCCCAGUGGCUGAGGCGAGGGCCAGCCCUGUAGGAGAACGUCCCCGUGCACCUGCUGACAUGGCUCCUGGCAGGCACUGGGGAGCAGGCUGGGGCUGCAGCCAGGGCAGCCGCCACUACACUGAGAUGGAUGCUGGGCAGGAGCUGGUGGGGGUGCUGCCCCAGGCUCAGGCCUCUUGGGAGAGCCUGGACGAAGAGCGGGGGCCACCCCAGGCAAGCAGCAGGGGCCCCGUGCCCAGCACGGUGCAAGCAAACACCUUCGAGUUUGCUGAUGCCGAGGAGGACGAUGAGGUCAAGGUGUGAGUGGCCGGGCGUGGGCUCAGGACCCUGCACAGCCCCGGGGCACUGCCCUUGAGCCCAGGUGCAGAGCCAGCACCUCCCCUGAUAGUAGAGUCCUGCCAACCACACAGGAGAGCCCAAGUUGCUCCCAGACCCCUCCAUGCUUCUGCAGGACGAGCAUGGGAGGGAGGCCGCAAGAGACUGGGCUUGUUCUGGGACCCGGGUGUUCCCGUGGGCCCUGCCAGGCUGACUUGCCUCCCCCCACUGCCCUUCUGGACCCAGUGGCCAUUACUUAGGCC